CAAAGUUUUCUUUCUUCACACUUUUCUGCGAAAACGGGAUCUAGUACGUCGUUUCCCUUGUAGCAUCUACCAACGUGAUAGCUAUUAUAAGAUACACCUUUCAGGAAGCAAAAGGGUUCUCGUACCACGUACCCUUUUCUGAUAAUUGUACAAAGUUUCUUGCUACUUGCUGUAUAAAAUCUUUUUUUCUUCCACGGAGAAACUACAAUGUGGCGCAAGCGCAAAUCACGUCGAAGACAGGCUUGACGUCUUGCGACUGUCAGUACAUAUCAGUCGCCCGUACUGCAAUAAUGGAUAGUCCACCCGAUUAUCCUGAUACCUGUAAUGGAUCUGAACCGUACAACCAGAAUUACAAAAAUGAUUUGCAAAACAGCAUGCAACUGAAUAUCUGGGUCAUGAAGGUGAUCGGCACGUGGCCACUGAGGCAUUCUUGGACCGAAACAUUGGGAAAAAAAGUCUUAAAUGUAAUCUGCUACAUGUUAUUGGCCUUCCUCCUGAUCCCCAGCAGCAUGUACAUCGUCCUGGAGAUCAAGGACUUCUACAACCAGCUGAAGCUCGGCAGUGCUCUCACCUUCUUCUUUAUGGCCGUUAUGAAAUACUGCGCUCUGCUUUUGCGUGAGAAUGAUAUACGCAGGUGCGUCGAUUAUAUCGAGGGUGACUGGAGGAACGUGAGAUACACAGAGGAAAGAAGAAUCAUGCUGGAGAACGCAAGCUUUGGUCGUCGGCUAGUAUUUAUUUGCAGUGUCUUCAUGUAUGGCGGUGUCCUGUUCUAUUUCGUGGCGGUGCCGCUAACUCGCGCAAAGAUCAUCGAGGAGGAUGGCAAUCUCACUUAUCGCAGGCUGGCGUUUCCAGUGCCUAGCGUGAUCGUCGAUGCUCGCCGUAGUCCCAUCAACGAGAUCCUUUAUUUCAUCCAACUAUUUGGCGGCUUUGUCGCCCACAACAUCACGGUGGCCGCAUGUAGCUUAGCAGCCCUUCUCGCGAUGCACGCUUGUGGGCAGCUGCAAGUGCUCAUAUCCUGGAUAAACCAUUUAGUUGAUGGUCGAGAGGGCGUCAAUGAAACAACGGACGAAAGAUUGGCAAAGAUUAUACAACUGCACGUGCGCAUUUUGAACUUUAUAUCAUUAACUGAGGAGUUAUUACAUGAGAUAUCUCUGGUGGAAAUUGUGGGAUGUACGUUGAAUAUAUGUUUUCUCGGAUAUUAUUGCAUGAUGGAAUGGGAUUUUAAGCAACCCGUAAGCGGCUUAACAUAUUUGAUACUCCUCAUUUCACUCACAUUCAACAUAUUCAUAUUUUGUUACAUAGGCGAACUUUUAACGGAACAGACCAUAAAAGUACGCGAGAGUUCGUACAUGAUCGACUGGUAUCGACUUCCAGAGAAAAAAAGCCUUGCCAUCAUCUUGAUAAUUUGUAUGUCCAAUGCAACCACCAGACUCACUGCCGGAAAUAUAAUCGAAUUGUCCAUCAGCAGCUUCGGUGAUGUUAUCAAAUCAUCUUUAGCUUACUUGAACAUACUACGAACGUUUACCACUUGAGAAAGUAAGAUUUGAAAUGUAGUAGUACUCAACGACUGACACUAAAUAUUACACGAAACAGCAAUAAA